AUGAUUCAAAGAGGAGAAAAUUUUAAGUAUGUCUUCAUUAACCCAUCGACCGAAUCAACUGCACACGAAUUAACAUUAUUCGACGUUUCAGCAAAAGAAACCCCAUUAUCCGACGAAUCAACAGACCCUCUUCAUUCCGAGAUCAUGGCUUACUUUAUUAGCCGAGGUUUUCAAUCAAACCUCGUUAGGUCCUUUCUGGAAGAGGAGGUCCACCUUGAUCUUAAAACGAAUACGGAACUCAUGUUUGAUUUUCUCGAAGAACGCCAGCGACUGAACCCAACAAUCUUCGUUGGCAUUGAGGGAACUGGUGUAAGUUGUGUUACUUCAGAUUUUAUAUCAUUGGUUAUUCGAAUGAAUCCUCAAUCCAUGGGAUUUCAAUAUUCAGAUGCCUUUGAUAACGUUUUCUAUGAUGCAAACCUUCCACGCAAUCAGUGGAUCAGUUACGAUAGAAAAGGUGGGCCACAAAUGUUCGCCUCAUCAUAUGAUGAUAUCACUACUGGAAUAGAUAACAUUUUAAGUAACAAUACGAAAGUCGCUGAUACCAAUUCGACAAUCUAUACGAUGUGCUUUCUUUCACGCAACAAAUUAUCAAAGCGCCCAAGCAAUCAGCAAGAAUGGAAUCAUACUUGCACAUGGCAGACACAGUCUCGAUUUCGGAUCGGAUCCUAG